AUGUACGCGGGGAGCAUGGCCCUGAACAGCCGCGAUCUGAUUAUUGCAGGCGUGGUCGCAUUCAUCUCGUGGGGCUUGCUCGUGCACUGGCUUCCGGUUCUCCGGUAUCUUGGAUAUGCGCUGGUGCUCGGGGCUUUGCUCUCGUCCGUUUGCUUGUUCGCACUUGUGCUUCUGACGACUCGGCCACGCAGUACGAAAGAUGAAAAAUAUCCAAAGGCAUCGUCUGUUGCGUUCAUCACGCCAGAAAAGUGGGGGAAGGAAGUCGACAGUCUUCGCAACUCCGCCAUAUAUCAACCCGAGUCCCUCUACCCGCAGUCCUUCAUCGUAUCGGAGAGCAUCGACGAGCUUCUUUCCCUAGUAUUCCGCGACUUUAUCUCCUCCUGGUAUAAAAGCAUCAGUCCGAGGCUGAGAUUCGUGAACGAAGUGGACCAGGUGGUGCGCACAGCGAUCAGGAAUCUGCUAGCCAGGCUGCUGGAGGAAGACCUCAUAUCUCUCAUAGUAUCACGAAUCGUUCCGAUUGUGACAACACAUCUGCGCGAGUUUGAUGUUGCAGAAAGAUCGGUUCGGGGCAAGAACCUGACUCGGAAUGUGACCGAGUCUGAAGAGCUCGACCUGGCUAUCGCGAGCAAGUAUCGCGAUGGGAAACUCCAUGCAGCGGCAACCCUGUCUUUUGCGGAGCGGAAAUUAGUGGAACAAGAGUAUUUGCGCAAAAUUUCUGGUGGGCUUCUCCCGAAGCUGUUUCUAGACUCCAUCCUGAACAGCCGGAUCGUCGCUGUUAUAGCUCGCGAGAUCCUCGCUUGCGCAGUGCUCUCCCCAGUCGUCUCGCUUCUCUCGGACCCCGAUACCUGGAACCAACUUAUCGAAGCUUAUGGCCAGACCACGUUGCAAGACCGCAAGACGGUGCGAAAACUCCGGGCCGCAUUGGACGAGCAUGCCUCGCCUGUUCCCCGGUCGAAGCAAGGCCAGCCGUUUCCACGUCUCGGACCCAACGAUUCCGAACGGGCGUUUGAGCGGUUCGUUAGAGUGAUCAGACGUUGUAACAAUCUAUCCGAUGCCAGAAGGUUUCGGGCACAUAUCGCCAGUCAAUUGAAACGCGAGAGCAUGGUGGUGGACCAAGACCAGGUUUACCUCCGACGCCUGGAGACAGGAAAAAGGGUCCUCGAUCAAAAGGUUGCAAAACUCUCUGCUGUCGGUGGUACAUAUCGUGGUACACCUUUGCCUCCAGAAGUCCAUCCCAACGGUCCCUUCACAUCCCCAGAGGCACCAUUGGUCGACGUGAUGCAUAAUGCUUCGGGUCUUUCUUAUUUCAUGGAGUUCAUGGACCGCCAGCGACUUAUGUCCCUCGUACAGUUUUGGAUUGUGGUAGACGGAUUCCGCAAUCCACUAGAAGAUGACUUUGGCGACGAAAGCUCUCCUAGCUCAAGCACCUGGACUUCCGCAGACAGAAACGACAUGGCAUUGAUCAGUGAGACCUAUUUAUCCAAACCUGAACUCAAGGUCACUGAAGAGUCUCGUCAAACUGUCAAGACAUUCUUAGGCGCAGGCAAGAAAGCAACGCCGGAGCAGUGGCGCAGGGCCCGGACUGUGAUCCUUUCUACUCAGUCUGCGGUAUUGGAAGAGCUCGAUAAGGUCUACUAUCCCAAAUUUAAGAAAUCCGAUCUAUAUUACAAAUACCUCGCAUCAGACGAGUCGUCAAAUUCUACAUCUCAACAAUUUACCGCCCCAGCUGCAAACACGCCGGCCGUGUCUGAGGUGCGCGAAAGGCGACCUCUGCCUCCUCUGAUGGCGCGAACCAAUUCGGGCCCAGGCUAUAAACCAAAGGACCUGCGUAGGGCCGCGGUUUCAUCAAGUGAUGUUCGGAGCACGGGGAAAUUAUUCGAUGAAGAGCAGUCUCCGCGACGAUCGAUGGACUCUGAACGUUCUGCACCAUUAUUCGAUGAUGACUAUGAUACAGAUCCUCUUGCAAUGUCUACACAAAGUCUGGGGAACAAUUCACAGAACGGGGAUCAAGAGGCAAGGCAGAGCCGGGUAAUUGAGACCAUGGAAGCAGCCUUGAACGAUAUUAUCACGAGCGAGCCCAAGAUUGGCCGGGUAGAAACCACAAAAAUUGGUGAUGCCCCCCCAUCAGCCGACCUUUUUGGCAAUGAAAGGCCAGGUAUCUUCCCUCGCGACUCAUCUGAGCUCACGCGACCGGAUAGUCGUACCGAGGAGAAAGCAAAACCAAGCAUUGCCUCUCUUGGACUUGUUGACAAGUCUUCUCGCCUUGGAGUCUUUGAUGAAGAUCUCUUUCCGGACCAACAGAAUUUCCUUGAAGACGAGUAUGAAGAAGCCGAGCACGAUGACAAAGACCCGGCGGAUGAAGUUCAUGAAGCGGCACCCGGGGAUCUCGGGCUCACGGAAGCGAUUGAAGCGCUGACCGUCGAUAUCGACAAAUUGGUUUCUCAGGAUUCGGUGAUCGACACCUUGACACGAAAAGCGGAGCUCACCAACAACACGACUGAACUGAGAAUUCUACGAAAAUCAAAGGCUAGUAUCCAACGGGAGAUUCACCGCAAGGAGAUGCAGCGACAGCAGUACAUUAUUCAAGAAAGUGACAACAGCCUGUACGGCCGAAGUACCGUACGCGUCAAGUCUAUUGUUGUGGGCAAGGAGGAAGACGGUCGUGAAUUUGCUAUGUAUGUUGUUGAAGUGCAAAGGAACGCAGGAGAGCAGAUGCCCGCCGCCUCCUGGGCUGUCGCACGCAGGUACAGCGAAUUCCAUGAGCUGCACCAGAAGCUGCGCAUGCGAUACCCGUCUGUCCGUCAUCUCGAAUUUCCACGGAGACGGGUCGUCAUGAAGCUGCAGAAGGAAUUCCUGCAGAAGCGGCGACUAGCGCUUGAGACAUAUCUCCAGAACCUACUGCUUCUCCCUGAGGUAUGUCGAAGCCGGGAUCUUCGAGCCUUUCUCUCCCAGCGAGCGAUCAUCCCUCGCGACGAAACCACUUCCAGGGAAGGAGAGGCCAAAGACCUGGUAACACGGAUCUACAACUCGGUUGCGGACGGCAUGGACGACUUCCUGGGGAAUUUCGGGGUUCUGGACCAGCUGUCCACAGCGGGACAAAAUCUCAUCUCUGCGGCGACUAAUAAUACUAAUACUAAUAAUCAUAAUCCGCAAGCGACGACGGCUAGCCCUCGUGACUUUGGCCUAGCGACCGAGGACGCAGUGACUACCGCCGAAGCGGAGGCGGAACUCAACGCCUUUGAAGAUCGCGAGCUGGAACCGUUCAUCAAGCCGAUCUGCGAUCUGUUUUUGGAAGCGUUUGAGUUGAACAAAGGCAACAACUGGCUUCGGGGCCGGGCAGUGGUCGUUGUCCUGCACCAGCUGCUAGGAGGCACUGUUGAGCGCAAGGUCCGCGAGAUAGGCCGGUCGCUCGUGCAGGACGACUCGCUACUCCGCUUCCUCUCCCUGGCCAAGGAGACGAUGUGGCCGGGCGGCGUGCUACGCGAGGCCAAAGUGCGCACCCUAUCGGAGAAGCUGAAGAGUCGGCGCGAAGCGAGCCUGGUGCUCGCAACCCUGGUCCCAGAACUGGCGGGCAACGUGGUGGGAAGAAACAAUGCGCAGGCGGCCUCGCGGCGGAUCUCGGCCACCUUGAAUAAUCAACGAUUGAAUACCCAUCUUAUCUUCACCAUCCUAGACGAGAUCAUCCUUGUCUUAUUUGGGACGACGAGAUGA